AUGGGGGAGAUGGGGAAGAUGGCGGCGGCCGUGGGGCCUGUGGCGACGCUGGCGGCGGAGCCUGGGGAGGACGCCUUUCGGAAGCUUUUCCGCUUCUACCGGCAGAGCCGCCCCGGGACCGUAGACCUGGGAGGGGUCAUCGACUUCUCGGUAGCCCACGCAGCCCGCGGCACGGGGCCUGGUGCCCACAAGGUGGUCAAAUCUCACCUAAAUGUGUCCUCAGUCAGUGACCAUGAUGCAUACAGAGCUGGACUUCAGCCAGUAAGCAAGUGGAGAGCCUACGGACUCCAAGGCUAUCCUGGAUUUAUUUUUAUCCCAAACCCCUUCCUCCCAGGUUACCAGUGGCACUGGGUGAAGCAGUGCCUUAAGUUAUAUUCUCAGAAACCUAAUGUAUGUAACCUGGACAAACAUAUGACUAAAGAAGAGACCCAAGAUUUGUGGGAACAGAGCAAAGAGUUUCUAAGGUAUAAAGAAGUGAAUAAACGGAGACCCCGAAGUUUACUAGAGAAACUGCGCUGGGUGACCCUAGGCUACCAUUAUAACUGGGACAAUAAGAAAUACUCAGCAGAUCAUUAUACACCUUUCCCUUCUGACCUGGCUUUCCUCUCAGAGCAAGUAGCCGCUGCCUGUGGAUUUCAGGGUUUCCGAGCCGAAGCAGGUAUCCUGAAUUACUACCGAUUAGACUCCACACUAGGAAUCCACGUAGACAAAUCUGAACUAGAUCACUCCAAACCCCUGCUUUCGUUCAGCUUCGGACAGUCUGCCAUCUUUCUCCUGGGUGGCCUCAAAAGAGAUGAAGCCCCCACCCCCAUGUUUAUGCACAGUGGUGACAUCAUGGUAAUGUCAGGUUUCAGCCGCCUGCUGAACCAUGCAGUCCCGAGGGUCCUUCCCAGUCCGGAAGGGGAGAGCCUGCCUUGCUGCCUAGAGACGCCUCUCCCAGCUGACCUCCCCAGAGACUCAGUGGUGGAGCCCUGUUCUGUGGAGGACUGGCAGGUGUGCGCCAGCUACCUGAAAACUGCUCGUGUUAACAUGACUGUCCGGCAGGUGCUGGCCAUAGGUCAUGACUUCCCUUUGGAACCCAUGGAGGAGAAUAAAAGAGACAUCACCACAGAGGGUUCCUGCCAUCUGGAUGAUGAGAAUAGCCAAGUAAAACGAGCUAGGUUAAACCCUGACUGCUGAGACUUGGAGAGCCCCAUUCUUUUACUCAGGCAGGUCUUACCGUAAAUGACCAUGCUGUUUUGUAUUGCCGCAGACUUCAGCACAAAGACAGGCCAAAAGCAGAGACAGGGAAAAACUCAUCAUUGAUCACGCUGUUGCCUUGGAACCCACCCUGAAGAGAAAACUGAUUAACCACUUUGGUCAGAGAAGUGCUUGACACGUUCCAGUCCUGGUUAGGUUUUGGCAGUAACGUAUGUGAGAAGUCCAAGGAAGUAUGAGCUCCCACAACAGCCUUCUCAGCCUCGCCGUUAUCUCUGAGCGAGGUAGACGUGAGUUUCCAUGUCUGUGGAAUCUUUAAAUACCUCAGGUUUUAUUGAUGGAAAACAUAAUUCCCCUUCCACCACCCCAUCUAGUGAUUUGUGGUAAAAUUGUGGUUCCAGGAACCAACCAUUAGUCUUACCUUCUUAAUUCUUCCAAUCAACACCAAAUUCUUCGAUCUUCUCUGGCCUUCACAGAAAAAUCCUGUACACUUAAGACAAUGGAACUGGAAAUCACAUCUCCUAGAAAAGACAUUAAUCACAGCUAUCUCUCUUGCCUAAACGAUAAAUAUAUAUAAACCCAAGGAAAGAGGGACAGUAGUUUCUCCAGAUGUCUUUCAGGUCUGUAAACUCUUCCCGUUGGCUUUUAAAUGCAAUUUUAAUUGUUGGACUAAAAAAGUCCUAAGGGUAUUCUGUAACUGUUUUCCCCAUGAAUAAACUUACUCAGUUUUAAAUUAAAGAUCUGUAUCUAUGUUUGAGGAUAAGUGUAUCUGGGAUUCGUUUUUUCCUGUUUUCACUUGCUGUAUUGUUCAUGCUAUUGAAGCCCUCUAGCUGUUUCUGCCCUAAGUAUUCUUUGUGGCUGUCUCUCAGGAGAGAAUAUUCCUUGAUACUCCAGUCACUGCGGUUUUUUGUGUUGUAGACAGCAUGGAAAAUGCACGAAGCACUGAGUUUAAUCUGUGUACCCCCACCAGCUCAACUCGGUAUACCCUGAGCCUUUAAGUUACCUUGUGUCUCGAUGGGCCUCAGUUUCCUCACUCAUAAAAUGAGAAUAUUUAUUACCAUCUU